CGGAUCCAAUGUUUGUCAGCUACGUUUCUUCGCAAUAUAUCCGGGGUUCAUUGCGCCGAAACUUCACCACAACGUAGAGAUUAAGCAGUGGACGAGAACGCCACGAAACGAAAUAAGGCAUGGCAGCCAUAAGGAAAAAGUUGGUGAUAGUGGGAGAUGGAGCAUGCGGAAAGACGUGCCUUCUUAUAGUGUUUAGUAAAGACCAAUUUCCCGAAGUCUACGUUCCCACCGUGUUCGAGAACUACAUCGCAGACAUUGAGGUGGACGCCAAACAGGUGGAGCUGGCACUGUGGGACACAGCAGGCCAGGAAGACUAUGACCGUUUGAGACCACUCUCCUACCCAGACACAGACGUCAUCCUCAUGUGUUUCUCUGUCGACAGCCCUGACAGUUUAGAGAAUAUUCCAGAGAAGUGGACGCCAGAGGUUAAGCAUUUCUGUCCCAAUGUUCCCAUCAUCUUGGUGGGGAAUAAGAAGGACCUGCGGAAUGAUGAGCACACGCGGAGAGAGUUGGCCAAGAUGAAGCAGGAGCCUGUUAAACCAGAGGAGGGCCGGGACAUGGCUAACCGUAUUGGCGCUUUUGGCUACCUGGAGUGCUCAGCCAAGACCAAGGAGGGUGUGAGGGAAGUGUUUGAAUUGGCCACUAGAGCAGCGUUGCAAGUCCGGAAGAGGAAGAAGAGGAAUGGAUGCUCAGUCUUGUGAGACAUUUCUGAAGUAUUUCAGAAGUUUCCACAAAUUUAUAUAUAGCAUUCAAUUGACAAGGAAAGACCACCCAAAUUCUAACCAACUGGUAUCUAUGUACUGUACUGUAUAUCACAUUAUGCAUCAAAAGGACUAAGAUGGGAAUGUUAUGCGGGUUAAAACAAAAUAUGCCUUGAUUUUUCUUUGCCUGUAGCAGAGUAGGUCUUCUGUGUUUAAGUCAGAUUUUCACCUGAGUAUGAGCUAAAUGAUGAUAAAUGUGUUUUAUGCAUUCACAUUAACUAUAUGUCUUUAGUCAUUGCCCUGAUGAUAGUCAUUAUGUCUUAGAUGUGGCAUGACUUAUUUUUCAUUUGAAUUUCACUGACAUUAUUCAAGGAAUUAACAAAGCACUGUUAAUUCCUGUUAAUGGAAUUGGUGCCUUUGUGAUAGUUUUCUGCAGAUUUGAAUGGAUUUUGCACAGCACAAGUUUGGAGCUCCUCUUGAAUACUGACAUCUCUUCAUGCUAAUUAGAUUUUGUUAUUUAUAUUUCUGUGUCAGUUGGCUCCUUUGUGGAUCUUUCCUAUUUAAUUGGUGACAGAUGAUAUACAGGCAUGAAUACAUGCGUUCAGAGCAAAACGUACAGCAGUUAUUGUAUACGUAGAAACUAUAUGGGUUUUAAAUAAUAUGAGCUGUAGGUAUCAUGUUGUACUAUAUUGUAAUUCCACUCGUAGGCAAAAAAGUUGCAAAUGAUGCGACAUAGUCAAACAAGCAGAAGAGCCCCGUGGUUGCCACAUAUAGACAGUUGGCUGUACAUUUUUUAUGCUAAGUAUCAAAACGCAUCCAAACACAAACGCACGACAGAUGUUUGGACAUUUUGGGGUUUUUCAUUAGUGUGUAGUGUCCCCCUGCACACUGUCACUGUUGACUUGCGUGCCUUCACUUUAGAGUUGACCGUAGUUAAAUUAGGUAAACUAAUGAACGUAGUGUUGGAAAUGAUGUCCACUAUUGUGUGUUCAGCAUGAUCAGUGCUUUGUGCUGCAUGCCAAUAGCCCUGUUGGUGUUUGUGUAAAAAUCUGUUCAUGCAACAUAAUGUUACUGAUUUGUGCAUUGACUCAUGAUUUGCCUAUGCACCUUUUAAAGAGAUCACACAUUUACAGUUUACACUACUGCCCCCUGCUGGUGGGAAGUGGUAGUUAAUGAAAGACUUAAACUUGUAGCUCCAGGGUUCAAAAAUGAACUUUUUGCUGCUUCGUCUUUUUGUUACUGGUAGUAAAAGCUUUAUUAUUGUUAUUUUUAAUAAUAUCUCCACUUCAGAAGGUUAAGGGAUACAAGUAGUGCAGUCUAACCACAUAGACAGCAAUAAGGAGCUAAUGCUAUGGGGUAAUUUGAUAGCAUUAGUGGUGACGCUCACGCUUUGAAUUAAAAAUUGGCAAGGAUGUAAUGUCUAAUGCCAAGUCAAGAAUAGGACAUUACACACGAGAAUCUUUUGACACUUAAAAGACCCCAUAAUCACAAAUAACAUAAAUCUGAAGAAUGGUUUUCCUUUGUUUUUCUUCAACAUCCGUCUUGUCCCCCCCGGGGUCCUUUUUGUUUGCAGCAGAGCCAGUGGUUGGUACAAUCCAUUAGCAUGCCUGAAUGAGCAAAUUCCUGGUUACUACAGCAACAAUUCUCUCUCUCUCUCUCUCUCGCUCUCUCUCUCUCUCUCAACAAGCGUAUUUGAAAGUUUUUCUUGGUUUUUUUGGAAGUAUUGAAUUUGAAAUGAUCUACAAAUCCAGAUUUCUAUGAGUGCUCAUUGUAAUAAUUAUUUGAAAGCAGAA